GAAAAGAUCGCGUAGACGUAUUGGAACGUGGCCUGCGUGCUGUUGCUAGGAGGCGCUGUUGAAGCCCGGAAGAGUUAAAAAAGAAGAUGAUGAUGGGCAACCCGGGAUUAAAAGGAGAACAGGGUUCAUAUGAUCGCUGUCACGUUGUUGUUUCUCUGUGACAUUUGCCUCUAACGGAGAUAUCACGUUCUCAACAGUGUCAAGCUGGGUGACGAGGCUACAUGGUGUGUGUUUCCUGUUCAGAGUAUGGAUGUGUGGGUGUCCAGAGAUGGAAAGCUAUGAGGAGUUCUGCCUACGGAGUUUGGCCAUACUGCAGGAGGAGGGGAAAUUCAGGAAGACGACAUGUGAGCCACUGUGUUCCCCGAAGGCUCGCUCUGUCAUCCGUUUCCAUGGAAGAGCUGUGCUUUCACCCCUGCUGACUGCAGAGCAGCGCGGUGAGAUGUGUGGCCACAGACGCAGGGCAAUCCAGCUGGAAGUGGACAGACAGAAGCAGCAGAGGAACAAGCUUUUGGCCCGAGUUCAGGACAUUUUGGAUCAAGCUGAGGUACAUAAAGGACCAGGUGAAGAGGCUGGCAAGCUGUUAGUUUCUAAGUCUGCGACAGACAGUGGCUACACACUGGUCUCUGAGUCACCUGGACUCCCCAGAGACCCUGGAUUUGGACUACAGACAAAUGGCCGGCCCGACACUCCAUGCUCUGAGACCCCUAUUCUCAACGGAUACAAGGCAGUGGAGGAACUGAAGGUGGAAAGGGAGGAAAAGAGUGAGGAGGAAGAAGAGGAGGAUGAAGACAUUAGUUUGGACAGCCUUCUUAAGAGAUCAAGAGAGUAUGUGAAGAGAGAGCAGAGUCAGCAGGGCUCAAAGGUUGUCCACACAGUCACCCGGAUGCCUAUGUCUGAGACUGUCUCUGACAAGGAGAAUAACAGCUGUAGUCCCAUGAGUCACACUGGGAUUGAGUUUGGAUUCAGUCUGCAUCAUAGCCCUGUUGGCUCCCCUCAGACCCAGAUCCAGCAUCAGACGCUAUAUGACCCUAAGCCUCAACAGUCUGGCUCCCUCUCACCUUGUUUACCUGACAGGUAUGCUCAUCUCCCCAGUCCAGCAUCCAGCAUUAGUCCCUGUGUGCAGAGACGCAAACCACGUCCAGUUUCUACAGGCAACAUCCAUAUUUCAUUUCCCAUUGGCCCAGCAGACCUUAUCCCCCGAAGCCCAGGAAAGUCAGGGGAAGGUGCUGCUGUGACAGAUGGGGGAGAAGCUCUCGCAGGAGCAACAAUGUCCUCUAAGUGGGGCUCAGUGGGAAGUGAAGGUAGGGUUGGUGUUAGCAGGAGUGGCAACCGUCGAUCCAGUCAUUGUGGUACCACUCCAGUGCAGGAGGCCUGCAGCCCUAUUAGUGCCUCAGUACCUAGCCCAAUGGGACACCAUGACCAUGUGGCUGCAGGGUUUCGUCGGCGCUGCCACACUAUGGACAGCCAGCUACAUGCCUACCACUCUAGAGUCGAGCACGUAGACCACAGUCAGGAAAGGGUCCCUCGCUUCAUGGCAGGAGUUACAUGGUUGGCUCCCAGUCGGCGGACUCCUGGCACCACCUUGAACCAGUCAUAUGACAUUGAGAAUCCCUCGCCAUCUCUGCUGAGGCCUCAUGUGACUCCUGAUGCUCAGGUCACUCUCCGAAUGGAGCCUCACGGGGACGUCAAGGGGUCACACAAUGGAAGGAUCACACCAAGUGUCCUCAUAAAUGACACACAAGCCAGCAAGACAGAGGAAACACAGAGGCGAGUGCAGGCUCUGGAGGACAUGCAAAGGCGUCUGGAGGAAGAACACACCCUGCAGAUGUCACUGCUGCUGGCUGAGCAGGAGAAAGAGCAACAGCGCCUCCGCAUGGAGCUUGAGGAGACAGAGAGGAGACUGAAGGAGCAGAGCUGUCUGCAGCCUCCCGAUGCAGAUGCUUGUGACUGGAGUCAUAGGUCUGGGAGUGGCAGCUGUCCUGUCGUGAGCCCCCCCUGUCUGGGACCAAAUGCUGCAUAUCCACCAUCUGAGCGAUCAUCUGGACACAGUAUAGGGAUUCCCAGUCCUGCCAGUUCCAGUGCGUCCUCUCCCUCUGCCCAGCCUCCCAUCUAUCUGCUGGGCCCCACCUGGACAGCUAGCAGACCUCGGGCAAGGCUAAGUCUGGUGGGUAUGGGUAUGUGUGAGUGACUGUAUGUUUGUACAAUACACAGACCUGUAUUUCUCAAACCUUCUCUAU